AUGCCUUCCUGGCCCAACAACAACGAGUUAUCCGACGAUGACGAGUACAUGGACGAGUACAACAACAUGCAGAUGGAGUAUUUUGAUGGUGUGAACUGUGGUGUUUUGGAGUGGGUAGAUGCCCCUUGGCCAGUAAUUCUGCAAAGGUGUUUAACCAAGCUGUGGGAUAUGUAUCAUGAGGAGAACCUUAGUAGAGUCCAGGACAAAGAGGCUUAUGGGAUAGAGGAUGGGAAGAAAUCCCAUGACAUGGAUUACAUAAGCCAGGCAAUCAAUGAACUUAAGGAGAAGAAGCAACAUCUUGAGGAGCAUGCAAAUAUUGAGGUUCAAAUGGAGAAGCUUAAGCUCAAGAAAGAACAGAGGAAGGCCAUGAAGGAGAUACAAGUGGAGAGAGACCUCCUUAAAGAAGAGAAAAAGAAGCUGGAGCAAGUCAUUUCUGAGCUCCUGAAGGUUGGUCAUGGGUGCAAGGAAAAGCUGGACAAGAUCAAAGAAGUUGUCAUGAAAGAGUGA